CCGCGUGUGCUCCAACCGCCACGGUCUCAUCCGCAAGUACGGCCUGAACAUGUGCCGGCAGUGCUUCCGCCAGUACGCAAAGGACAUCGGGUUCAUUAAGGGGAGCGCCGCUGGACUGAGCGCCGGGAGGAUGAGGCUGUCGCCAGAAGUUCCCGGGGCUUCCCUCGGCCUCUCUGAAACAUCUACAGCAUCUCGUGGCUACGGGGCUUCCAGCCCUUCACAGGGGUCCUUCCAGAGGG